GAUAUAUAUAAAUUUUCGUCAAGAAGUCAUGUUUCCAAAUUACUGCUUUACCAAAUCAACCAAACAGCACGGUUUCGACAUUCUGAAGCGAUCCUACACGGCCAAAGAUGGCUACAAACGCGGUAGCCGGCCAUCGGAGCGUUCACCAAGCUUUGCCAGGAAUUUGACACCUCGCUUGGGAAUGCGCUACGCGGACGUGUCUGGACCGGAAUAUCUGGGAAGAUGCAACGUCAAGCAUUCCAAGCGAAAACAGACACGGUCGAGCAGCAUCAAAAAUAUGGCCUAUAAGCCCCCAUCAGCUCUUAAGCCGACUUCGCCACCACGAAACGUGGCCUUUCGACUGCCUGCCGUGGUAUGUGUGAGCAAAGAUUCGAUGGCGGGCAGAAAAAGUCCUGUACGCAUAUCGGCAGGCGACGACAAGACCGGACAACGCCAUUGCGAUCGCGAUCGCGAUCCCGAUCGACACCCAGAAAUGACCCACGAUCCGAAUCAGGAGCUACAGGAAUCCUUUGCGGACUUCUUUAGCAUCAUUCACGACAAUGUCCUGGAGACGGUUCAGGGAGCCGUGGAAAAAAUGGUGUCCAAGUGCUUUGAGGAGUCCAUAGCAAAGAUGGAGCGACUGUCGUCGGAGAUGCAGCUUCAGGAGAAGUUGCUGAACAAAAUGUUUCGUGAUAUCAAUGCCAAAAUCGACGAUCAGAACGAGACGAGCUUGAACCAGUUCAAGUUCAUCACCCAAAUGCUAAUCGACAACCAAACCGUGCACUAUAGAGCCCUCAACCAAGCCAAGUUGGACAGAAGGCGCCACCACGCCGAGCGAGAUUAUGAGAAGGAGCGAGAGCGGGAACGGGAACGGGAACGUAGGAAAAGGCGAUCGACAGGGGGAAACGAUGAAAAUGAACCCACUAUGAGAGGGCCACAGCAUCAGUUGUGGCAGCAGCAAGACCCCCACAUAUACCACACCGAAAUGCGUCAGCCCUGCAUGGAGGAGGAAUGCAAGAAAUGCCGACCAUCGCCACCAUCUGAGCCAUCAUCGAUGCCACGCCUCCAGAAUAGAACACCCGCCUCCAGCAUGCCUAAUCUGUCGAAGCAAGCCCUAUCCGGUAUCGGCAGUAGCCGUGCUGUGCAGCCCGAAGUCCAAUCAUUAAAGUCAAGGCACCACAGGCCCUCCAGCAGAAAUCGUGCUUCUUGUCAGGAACCCUCCCAGAUUUCCCGCCCAGUCCUGGCCUAUCCGCCGUGCUUCCGUAGCAAUCCAACUCCACGUCGUCACGUCAAUGGUGGUUCCAGCGUAGAAAAUCUGCAAAAAAGAUAGUAUUUUGUCCAUAUUUAAGUUCAAAGCUCAUCUGCGAUGGCAGCCAGUUGUAUGGCAAGAGACGGAAUCAGAAAACGAUUCGUAUCCUUCUCUUGACAUACAACUUUCUGCCAUGGUUUGUACUAAAAUCAUCCCAAAAUUAUAAAGAUAUUUUAUAAA